AUGAUUUGGAAAUUACGUGAAGCAGGCAAUUCCAGUGCCAUGUCAGUGAGAGAUCGGUGUAUGGUAGGUAAUAAAACAUUGAAGACAUUUGAUCCUUGCUCACACGUACACUUCCUGGAAUCACAGCAUUUCAGCUUCAAGCCGGCAUAAGAAAGGGCAAGAUGCUCCACACUAGAAAUCUUUUUUUCUAAAACACAGACCUAAACCACAUGCACACUGAGUAUUGAACAGAUAUGACAAGAACUGAAAGCCCAAUAGUGGUUUUGUCAUGUUUUGCGCUUAAACGCACAAAACAUGACAAAACAUUUAUACAGUGUUUUGGUUGCCUUCGCUGCAGGCUUUCAUCUCAUAAAACUAAUAAUAUUUUUUUUUUGGUUUUUUCAGACUGCAAGAUCAUAUACUGAUGCUGAACUGUAAAAUCUUGGUUAAAAAAAAUUACGGAUUUGCCGAUCAAUAUCUUUAUACUUUCAGAGUUUUUUUACUGGAAAACUAAAUUCUGGUUUGUAGGCAAUGAAACAUAUCCUUGCCGAGCACAAAGCUAGAAAUGUGGCCACCUCGCAAGAACAUGAAGACGAUCCAGAGUUUGAUUCACCCGCAAGUGGGGAAUCUGCAAUGCUGGUAUGUCCAGCCACGAGCUUUUUUUCUUUUAUUCAGACAGUUGGGGACUUUAUAGCCUUUCACAUAAAUGGUAGUCGCUUUGUUAUUAUUUUGUAUGAAUCAAUUAGAGCUACUGGCCUAUAUUGAAGUUAAAAUUUGUUUGUAUUUUUCUGAUAAGUUAACUCUGAAUACAAAGAAGAGGUUAUUGCCCACCGUUCAUAAAAAAAGACAAAUCAGAUACUUAUGAGGCUGGAGAGGGAGCCAGAUAGUGAUGAAAUUGAAGAAAUGGAAGAAGAGGUUGAGGAGUAUGCAGUAACCGAUCCCCUUCCGUCUUCAAACUCACUGCAGGUAUUUCUGGGCAGACUUGCUUUGCUUAAUAAAUGGCAUGCUUCCUACAUACUUAGCAAUACUUAUUCUUAGGUUGAGAAAACUACUGAAUCAACGCCAACAGACGGUUCAGUGCAUGCAGAUAUGGAUACAGGUAACUCACUAUCCUCAUCAAGCUCGAUGGUAAGGGAUUUCUUUUAUUUCAAAGAAAAACUGUAACAGUACCAUAUUACCUUCAUCAUAAUAGUUAUUACAUGUAUUGUUAUGAGAAAACAUUCCACAGGCAAACAAUUUCAAAAUAACGCCAAAAAAUUAUUCUGUAAUCAUCAUAGAACGAUUCUUAAUACAACACUUCGCAAACUAUCGAACGAUGGCUGAGAUUUAGACAGAUAAAAACAGCCUUCCAAAAUCUCCGACAGAACUUGAAAAAGACGGGCCGACUUUUUCAAGUUUGUUUUCAUUGGCUCGCGCAUGCGUGAGGGGUGACAUAGCCCCUUUCAUGGAGGUCUUGGGUUGCCCAGAGACAUUUACGUGCUACAAUGGCUUGACGGUAGAUGGUACUGACACUCUUUGCAUCUUUUAUCGAUAUGAUGAUGAGGUUUGCUAGGCCCGUGCCUCAGCUCUGUAUGACAAGUAACAUGGUUAUGGACCAUUUAUAUACGCACUGGAGUCAUUUGCUAACCUCGCUAAAUCAGCCUUGGCUUUCGCUUGAUUAUUUGGAGACAUUUGCUAAUGCUACUUUUCAAGCUGGCAGAGCUUUGCAGAAUUGUUUUGGAUUUGUCGAUGGAACAGUCAGACCUGUUUCCCGACCCGGCAAAAAUCAAAGAGUACUGUAUAACGGACACAAAAAAGUUCACCCCAUAAAAUUUCAAUCCAUUGCUGUUCCAAACGGUUUGGUAGCCAAUUUGUAUGGACCAGUAAAGGGAAAAUAACACGAUAGUUCAAUGCUAGCGGAGUCUAGUUUAUAUAAUCAACUGGUAUUAUUUUCUAGGGCCACAAAUGGAGACCCAUUAUGUUUAUAUGGUGAUCCUGCGUACCCUCAUCGUCCGCAGUUGCAAAGUCCUUUUAAAGGAGCAAGGCUUACUCAGAACGAGAUGGACUGGAAGAGUGCCAUGAGUAGUGUGAGGGUAUCAGUUGAAUGGAUUUUCAAGGACAUAAUUAAUUACUUUAAAUUCUUAGAUUUUAAAAAAAAUUUAAAAGUACAACUCAGUGCAGUAGGAAAAAUGUACAUUGCUUGCACUUUACUUCACAAUGCUAGGUGCUGCUUACAUGGUUCAACAACUUCCAAAUAUUUUUAAGUCCAACCACCAACACUGCAAGAAUACUUUGUGUAAACAAGUGACACUCCUAUAUCAUAGCUCCCAGUUCUGUCGAUAAGCUUCACUGUUUCACAUAUGAUUUAUUGUACUGCACUUCAAUAAAACCAAGUUGCCUUUUGAGUCUUAACCUCUUUAUCUGGUGUUUAAAGUCAGGAGAUAAAUGGGCAGGAUAGCCUCCAGUAUUAGGAUAAAACUAUUAACGAGUUUGUUAUUAUAAACAUAUACAAAGGUAACAAUGGCAGUGAAAUAUUGAAAAGCACACAUUCUUCUGAAAACGUGGCUAUGUUAGAUAUCAGGAUCCUCUCACAGCUUAAUCAAACUAACACCGUUCCUGGAAAAGUCAUGGCAAUCUUGACAGUCAAAGCUACGCUUUUCCUGAAUGUUCAUAACAGUUUAGAGUUGUCAAGAAUGGUUAUUUCAUUUAAAUCACAAGUGCAACCUGCUGUUUCAAUAUUUCUUAUUAAUUCCAGAUUGAAAUACACAGGAUUGCAAUGAUUCAUUGAAAUGACUUGCAUUGUGCCUGACGGGGAAAAAGUGUUAGGCUGGCAAGUGAUCCGUGGCACAGCACCCCCUGCCCCCCCCAGUUGCAAUGUACAUGUAUACAAAAACACAUGCACAAAUAAACCAAAAAAACGGUUUGGAAUAAAAACUGAAGUCAACAUGCUGUGUUCCCCGCACAGUGCAAAGCUAAGAAAAUAGUGGUCAGGGCAGUUUAGUACUUCAUGGGACUCAUAUUGUUAUUCAGCAACUGACGUCCGAAAAAUCCUGCCAGGGCAACUCUGCUAGAGAACCUUCCCAACCCCAUACCUUGCUCACCUUGAGCAAGCCUAUCACCUGAUUCAAAGAAAUAGUGCAAAUUUUCAUGGAAAAUAAAUGAAAUUACACUAAACAAAAAGUUGAUUAACAUAAUGGUGAUCAAUUUCAUGCUUUUCUGUGCUCAGUUAACGGGUUCCAAGAAAGUGAUACUUUUACGCUUUUGUGCACUUUUUAGGUGUAGUUAUGAUACUUGAAUAUGGCCUCUUGAAGGGAUCCUAAUAUAAAUGACCCUAAAUAAAUACGUUUUAUUAACAGUCAUAAAUGCCACAUGUUAAAUGUACUUUUCUUAGGUGUCUUUUGUUUUGAGACUGCACCCUGCAGUAAACUUAGCAAAGCUGUAUUCUGCAGUUGCAUUUGCUGAAGCAGCUGCUCCUGUUGUUUCUGGUGGCUUUUAA